AUGUCCUACACCGCAAAGUAUCUGGACAAGCAGUUUACGCACCAGGCGGAGCCAACGCCAGUGUACAACGUCAAUAAGCUGUGGCCCAUGCAGCAGGUACCUGGGAAGGUCGACCAGACGCCCUUCGAGGAGGACCAGACAUGGCUCCUGCACCCUAUUCCCGUGCAGCAGAUGGAGCAGCAUCACCCAGAGAAGGAUCUGCAGGAUCUGCCGUUCGUCAACCACGAGCAGUUCCCACGCUCGCUGGAGUGGACCGCUCCAUGA